AAUAAACUAAAACUGAACUGUUGAUGACUGGUAUAGACUCCGAAGUCUAUAGGAAAUAAGAUAAACCGCAUGGAGGUCCCUGGCCACUGACCAUCAAACAAAGUAGCCGUUAGUAAAGAAAGGCAACGAUGAUGGCGAUGGUGAAUCUUUCUCUUCCCGCUCCCGCCAAAUCUCCAUCCCGUCCACCGCCAAAACUCUCAUCACAGUCGUCAGUACCACUGUCCGUCAACCGUUCCGUCAACUUCGAACCUCUUAGGCACCGUCUCAUCAAACACCUCGAUGCAGGCCACCUCCACAAAGCCAUAUCCACUCUCGAUGUCAUGGCCAGUCAUAACGCCCACCAGGACCUCGUCACCUACUCGUUGCUCCUCAAGGCUUGCAUCAGGUCACGUGACUUCCAGCUCGGUAAACUCGUUCACUGCCACUUGACUGAGUCUAAACUCGAGCUUGACUCCGUCCUUUUCAACUCCCUCAUCAGUUUGUAUUCAAAGGCCGGUGAUUGGACCAAAGCCCGUGAAAUAUUCGAAAGUAUGGGAAACAAACGGGAUUUAGUUUCAUGGAGUGCAAUGAUUUCUUGUUUCGCUAACAAUAAGAUGAGUUUUGAAGCGAUUUUGACGUUUCUUUAUAUGCUUGAUAAUGGGUUUUUGCCAAAUGAGUAUUGCUUCACGGCUGUCAUUCGGGCUUGUUCGACAUCCGAGUUUUUUCCAAUUGGGGAAAUAAUUUUAGGGUUUUUAGUGAAAACUGGCUAUCUUGACUUUGAUACGAAUGUUGGGUGUGCUUUAAUUGAUAUGUUUGUUAAAGGGAAUAGUGAUUUGGAGUCAGCUUUUAAAGUGUUUGAUAAAAUGCCUGACAGAAAUGUUGUUGCUUGGACAUUGAUGAUAACUAGAUGUACGCAGUUAAGUUACCCAAGUGGUGCUAUUGAAUUGUUCGUUGAUAUGGUUCUAGGUGGCUAUAUGCCUGAUCGGUUUACACUAAGUGGCAUCAUUUCAGCUUGUACGGAGCUAGAAUCGGAAUCAUUGUCUCUUGGCAAACAAUUGCAUUCUUGGGUUAUACGGUCUGGAUUCGCAUCGGAUGUUUGCAUUGGUUGUAGUUUAGUGGACAUGUAUGCUAAGUGUACAAUAGAUGGAUCUUUGGAUGAUUCUAGGAGGGUGUUUGAUAGAAUGGAAAAUCAUAACGUAAUGUCGUGGACUGCGAUUAUAACAGGGUACGUACAAUGCGGAGGUCGUGAUAUGGAAGCCAUUGAGCUUUUUUGCAAAAUGAUUGAAGGUCCUGUUCCACCUAAUCAUUUCACAUUUUCUAGUGUUCUCAAGGCGUGCGGAAAUCUUUCCGAUUCACGCGCAGGUGAACAAUUUUAUGCUCAUGCAGUAAAACAUGGUUUUGCUUCAGAUGAUUAUGUGGGAAACUCUCUUAUAAGCAUGUAUGCGAAAUCCGGAAGAAUGGACGAUGCUCAAAAAGCUUUUGAAUCUCUAUUCGAGAAGAAUUUAGAUUCUUACAACACUGUUGUCGAUGCUUAUGCUAAGAACCUGGAUUCUGAAGGAGCUUUCGAGCUUUUUCAUGAAAUCUCGGAUUUUGGAGUUGAGGUUAAUGCCUUCACCUUUACGAGUUUACUGAGUGGAGCUUCAAGUAUUGGUGCAAUUGGCAAGGGCGAGCAAAUCCAUGCUCGGUUACUUAAAUCCGGGUUUCAGUCAAACCAAUGCAUUUGUAAUGCGUUGAUAUCGAUGUACGCUAGAUGUGGACACAUAGAAGCUGCUUUUCAAGUUUUCAACGAGAUGGGUGAUCGAAAUGUUAUAACUUGGACCUCUAUGAUCACGGGUUUUGCAAAACAUGGAUUUGCUGCUAGAGCUUUAGAAAUAUUCCAUGAAAUGCUCAAGGCAGGGAUUAGGCCAAACGAGAUCACUUAUAUUGCUGUUUUAUCGGCAUGUAGUCACGCAGGCUUGGUUUCGGAGGGAUGGGAAAUUUUCAAGUCAAUGCACAAAGAACAUGGAAUUGCCCCAAGAAUGGAACAUUAUGCAUGUAUGGUUGAUUUGCUGGGGCGAUCAGGAUUGCUCAGGGAAGCCAUCGAGUUUAUAAACAAGAUGCCCUGCACACCAGAUGCCUUGGUCUGGCGUACAUUUCUUGGAGCUUGCCGAGUCCACCAUGACAAAGAGCUCGGGGAACACUCUGCAAAGAUGAUACUUCAACAGGGUCCCCAUGAUACCGCUGCCCAUAUCUUACUAUCGAAUUUGUAUGCCUCUUCGGGUCAAUGGGAAGAUGUGGCUCGGAUUAGGAAAAAUAUGAAAGAAAGAAAUCUUAUCAAGGAAGCUGGUUGUAGUUGGAUAGAGGUGGACAACAAAAUACACAGGUUCCAUGUGGCUGAUACUUCACACCCACAAGUGCAGGAGAUUUAUGACAAAUUAGAUGAAAUGGCUUUAAAAAUAAAGGGAUUGGGGUACGUCCCCAAUACCGAUUUUGUACUUCACGAACUCGAGGAGGAACAGAAGGAGCAAUUCGUUUUCCAACACAGUGAGAAAAUUGCCGUUGCAUUCGGACUUAUAACCACAUCGAGACCAAAACCGAUUCGGGUUUUCAAGAAUCUCCGUGUUUGCGGGGACUGCCAUACUGCGAUCAAAUACAUAUCGAUGGCCACGGGGAGAGAAAUCGUUUUAAGAGAUUCAAACCGGUUUCAUCAUAUCAAGAAUGGAACCUGCUCUUGCAAUGAUUACUGGUAGAAGGAAAUUAUUUCACCGAGUUCGUCUUGGUCUGAGCUCGUAUUUAUCGGACGUCACAACCGUCCUUUAGCUGUCUCCGUGAUGCACUCGUGUGGACGGAAUAAUUUGAUCCUUGUCUGGCCAGUUUAUCUUUUAUCUCAUUCUUUUUGGCCAUUGAAAUUGAGGCAUGUAUAUCACCACUGCUAACUGUUCUUCCCUGCUUGUUUAUAUAUACAAUUUUAUAAUCAUA